GCGCUCAUUGGGCUGCUGAAGGGCCAGCUCGACAGGUGCGGGCCAGAGCACCUCCACGGGCAGCCGGCCCAGGUGCCCUCCUGCCCGCCGUCGGGCCACACCGGGCUGGAGCUCGGUCUCGCGCUGGCGCUCGACUUGGCGCUGGGCCUGCGCGCGCGGGGGGCCGCGGCGUUGAGCUGCCGCCACCGGGCCCGGGCGCUGGAGGACGCGCAUGGCAGCGGCUCGGACUGCGAAGGCUCGCCUACGAAGUUGUCUGGCCACAUCCUGCGCAUGGACAUGGACAGAUAUCAACGCAACGAAGCGGCGCUGCUUGAGGAAGGGCGCGCACUGGCUGAGGAGGUCCGCCGAGAGGAGGGACUACCGGCUGAAGGUGCAGGGCUGCCAGCGCUGCCCGCCCCCGACGGCGACGCGGAGCCUGCGAGGGCUCUCGGUGCUCGCGCUGACGCUGGUGAUGUUGUGCGCUGGGUGGUCCUGGAGUGCCGAGUUGGUUACCGUCCAGGUGGCGAGCUCCUCGCUGGGACCGCCCCCCGCAGCUCGGCUGGCGACCGUGGGAUUGUCGAGCUCUCGGAUGGCACCAUGCUGGCGGUCGCGAAGUCGGGGGCCUUCGAGGGGGCGAGCACCCCCCGAAAGGAGACGGGCGCUGAGGAGCAUGACCUCCGCACACUGCCCGUUCGGUAUGACAGGGCAGGGACGAGGAUCAGGGACUUCUCGGACGCGGUCGAGCUCAUGUCCACCAGCCCGAUGCCAGACUGGCCAGUAUUGGGCCUUCGCACCACCACGUGGCUUCUGCAGCAGUUCAAGAGGCUGGGCCAGACCCCCCUCCAGCGUCACAUGUGGUGGAGGCCGACGCAGAACCUCACCGCAGCAGACGCGGGGGUCGACGAACAUCAGUUCUUGUCCGAGCUCCUGGAGAUGGGCGCGACGAAGGACCAGCUCAAUGAAGGGGAGCUCGGCUGCGUGAACAUGAGGCUGGUGCAGUUCGUGACUCCGGUGGAUCGGCCUGGCUCGAUGAACGUGAAAUAUUUCUUGGGCAAGAGCGUGGCCGUGGAGGGGCCCUGGUGUCGCCCGAUCUACAGACUUGGGUUUCGGGUCGCCUUCAAUCGGAGGCUGCUGUACUCAAAGAACGUCGCAAAGGUCGUGAAGAAAAGAUUCUUGCUCGUGGCGGAGCG